CUAUGGUCUCGCAGUCCCCGUUCAUGAGCUCGCUAUGAUGUGUGUAUUUGGAUACCAUAAAUAUCAUCAACAGAGCUUAUAGCAGCAGUUUUAUGAGGUUUAAUAUUUUUUCCCCUGUUUGGAUACUGACUGGGGCAUUGGAUAUGUGCACGCGGGAUGAUGAAAACCCCCUUCCUCCCCGCAGAAGUAAGAUAAAAUAGGGUUUCGCAUACAUUGGAUUUACUCCUCUCAUUCCAUAUGAAGAAGUCAAAAAUUUGGAUACAUGUCUGUGUCCAUUUAUUGUUGUGCACCACAUUUGGAGUCCAUUCAACUGAAUUUGGAAACGCUGUAACAGAUGACAUCACAAGCAUUUCACUAUUGAAACAAAAUAUACCUAAAGAUUACAAGAUUCCUGUGACAUACAUUCCGAAAGAAGUGGGUGGAAUGUGUUGGGUAUCGCUAAAUGUUUUCCACUUGGAACUCAGUUUACGAGGAUUAGCAGACAAGUUUGGAAACAUUUCGUCCAACAAAUAUAAUAUCAGCAUAUUGAUCGAAAUGCUGAAAGAGACGCGAUAUCACAUGAAGAACUUGGAGGCGAUCACGUACGAUUUUGAGUGCCACUACAGAGACGAGCAAUGGCAGACAGGACACUAUUUUCAUUUUGUUGAAGAUUUUCUAAAAACGGCCCGUUCGAAUAGAGAUUCGCCAGAAGAAUGUGAUCCACCUCCCUGUCCCACAACAACAAAGGCAGCAACAACUACAAUAACAACACAAUACCCUACAUCAGAUCACCCAGUAGUGCUGUCUGCAGGGUUAGCUCCAGGGAACGAGCCUCUGAGGUUCCUGCCAGAAGUAGUGGAGAGAAGCCUCCUGUCACUACUUGUCAUUCCUAUUGCAGCCAUCGUGUUUCUGUUUGUGUGGAAGGUGAAAUCCAGGAGCAACCAACAUCAAUCAGAUGAACCGAACUCAGUUGAAGGGGGCCUCUUCACAGGAACAGAAGGGGAGUUUGGCACCUCCACUAGAUGACAUUUCUGAAAAGAACAGAUUGAACAUCAUUGAGACAGUGUAAUUGUUCAAUCCAUGGAAAUUGGUGAGAUUUUUCAUAUCAAUACGUGACCUCAAAGACGGAAAACCAUCUUAGCCAACUGCUGACAUUUAUGGCUUGACAACGAAGAGUAUGGAACUAGGAUAAUUAUUCUUAGCUCGCUGUAUGUAAAGAUUAACACUAAUUUACUGUACAUCCACUUCUUUCUAUCUCUCUCUUAGGUGUACAGAGGAGUCAUCUAAGAAAGAGCAAGCAAACAAAAGCAAACAUAAAACUGAAUUUCUUAUGGUGAAAGACUUGCUUCUUUCCUGUCUAGAAACUGCCAGUCUUCACAUACCAGAACCAGAUAAUGGUAUCACAUUGACUCCACACAAAAAUGUGCUCAGUCUUAUCACUCCUGCAAUAAGCUGGGAGUUUUUCUUGCGAGAAUAUAUUAACCUGUCGUCUACUAUCAAAUUUCAUCAAAGGAAGCUGAAAAGGAGUGUGUGAUUCUCCUGGAAACAUCUGGAGACAUCAAUAACUGUUGAAAACACAGUGAACUUCAUGGGAAUAAGUUGGUUUCACUAGCACUCCCCCGUUUGCACUUUGCGUGGGUUUGGCUGGAGCAUGGACACUAGUUCUACUCAAGAACGUAGCAUAGAACAAACGCCUACAAAUGGCUUUCUUUCAUUAGGACUGAAGCAUAAAUGACUACCUCUAGUCGCCCUCACUUUCCUCAACUUCUCAGCAGCAUUCCACUCCACUUCCUUCUACAUCUUGGUUUCCAUUGGACAUUCCCUGAGAUUCUAUUUUGAAAUUAUUUAGCUAGAAAUAUUCUCAGAUCUAACCAUCUGUUUUGUUUGAUGUUUUUGGCCAUGUAAGUACGGAAUGGAUGAGGUUGUUGGAUGUAUUUAUUUAUUUACUCGGAAUGCUGACAGCAUAAUAUUGCUGCGGUUGGAGAAAAACAACUGACAAUGAUUCAGCUCAUCUAUAGAAAUACUAAAUGAGCAGGAUAAGGUCUACGAGGGUGCAUUAUAAAGAAUACAUAACCCAUCAUUCUGCAAUGCAUAAAGCCUACAUAAACAGCACACUGGAAUCUAUAAACAUGCGUUAUCUAUAUUAUUAAAACAGCCAUAGAGUGCUGUACAUACGCAUGUAUGAUGGUGUUGUUAAUUGCUUAUGAAUGGGUUGUAUGAAAUGCUUUUGUUGGAGUUGUAAAUGUAAAAAAAAUGUGCUGCUUUGACUAACUUUCAUUUAACCCAUUAUAUACAGUAAAAAGUAUUCUCCCUAUUGCAAUCAAUGGUAGAUCUUACAUAUCCAUAUUGAUUUAGAGCAGACGUUGAGGAUCUGAUAACGCAAGGUUUUUCUAUGCCCUCAAUGCACAAGAAAGAGGUGGUCUAGCCUCAAGUAAACCAGUUUGGUAUCAGAUUCUGCAAUUACAUUAUAACUCUGCUCUGGUAUAUUGCAGCCUAACCACCCAUAAGGUAUAUUCUGUAUCUUGUAUGUACACAGCUGUACAGUUUCUGUGAGGACAGUGUCUAGCAGUUUAUCCACUGUCUAUCAAAUCGUGUGGUACUUGUGUUGUACUCAGCAACUCAGGCUAUGAUAUGGCAGCAUAAUUAUAAAGAUUAAUCUGAGAAAAGUCGGAUCCCCAGCCACGGCCAUCAUUCUAUUAAACCCAGAAUUUGUGUAUGACAUUUCACCAACUCAUCAGGAGACUACUAAGAAUGGAGGCAAACAGUUGACAAAAAAACAACAUGGAGGACCUGAGACCAAGAACCUGUCUCAUCGAUAGGUGUUGGUUGUCUCUCAGUGACCAUGAACCAAUGGGAUAGAUACACCGCUGCUAGAAAGUGUUGUGGACAAAACCUAGAGAAGAGUGUUGAAUCAUUGCCCAACUGGUUGUAAUGACCUCCCACCAAUGGAAACAACCUGUUACUUGUAUUGUCUUUGUUGCCCCUAUA